AGAUGUACUUGCAUUCGAACCCAUCACGAACCAGGUGCUUCAAACUCAAAACGACAAGUUCAGAGUAAACUCCAACUUCCAACCUGCGUCAAACCCAUCAAAAACCCAACAAAUAAAAUAAAUAAAUUACUCCGCAAAUCAUGGAUCGUACGGUCCAGCCAUCGCCGGAAAUGCAGCAAUCCGUGGCAGCCGUGGAGCAAAUCGUGGGCUACGAUUUCAGGAACAAGAGGCUUCUAGAAGAAGCUCUGACCCACUCCUCUUACUCCGAAUCGCAGUCGUACCAGCGCCUCGAAUUCGUCGGCGACGCUGCUCUCGGCCUCGCCCUCAGCAACUACUUCUUCCUUGCUUAUCCUGGGGUCGAACCCGGCACUCUCUCUCUGCUGCGCUCCGCCAACGUCAGCACCGAGAAGCUCGCACGUGUGGCUGUCCGGCACGGCCUUUACUGCCACCUCCGCCACAAUGCACCUGCUCUCCAGGAUAAGGUUAGGGAGUUUACUGAAGCUGUCACUGGAGAAGACGAGACGCCGCUUGUAUAUCGUGGUUCUGUGAGAGCUCCCAAGGUUCUUGCAGAUAUGGUGGAGUCUGUGGCAGCAGCAGUGUAUGUUGACUUGAAUUUUGAUCUGGAAAAAUUAUGGAUGAAAUUUAGGCGCCUUUUGGAGCCUAUAGUUACUCUUGAAGAAGUGCAAGGUCAACCUCAACCUGUUACAAUGUUGUUUGAGCUUUGCCAGAAGCACGGGAAACAUGUUGAUAUCAAGCAUUGGAGAGAUGAGGCCAAAAGUAUUGCUAGUGUCUAUGUUGAUGGCGUGUUUGUUGCCUCGGGUUCUUCUGAGCAAAAGGAGAUUGCCAAGCUUGAUGCUGCUAAGAUAGCUCUUUUAAAGUUGUCGAAAUCGUUGGGGGUAAGUGGCAGGUCGACGGAAUUUAUUGCGGGAAUUGAUGGAAAGUUUCAAAUUGAAGAAGCAAAACAGAAGUUGCAUGAGCUUUGUGACAAGAAGAAGUGGCCUAAACCAAUUUACACCAUUGAGAAAGAUGAAGGUCCUUCACAUGAGAAGAGAUUUGUAUCCUCAGUCAAAAUUGCAACUGCGGAUGGUGUACUAUGCAUAACGGGAGAUGAAAGGUCGAGAAUAAAAGAUGCGGACAACUCUGCAGCUUCGUCAAUGAUCUGUGCUUUACAAGAAUCUGGUUAUAUAUGAUGCAACUCCAAUUCUUUUUCUUUUCUUGUACCCCCUGCCGCAUUUGAAAUUUGAAUGCAUAGUUUAGAGGAAAACUCUGUAUGCAACAUAAGAGCUUGCAGUUAUGCAAUAACAACGAUGGAUUAUAGGAAAAUGUUGCGUUUCAUGCCCAACAGAUUUAGGUUAGGAUUUGAGCCUGUAACGUUUGUUUGUGCUCGUCGUAGUUUUCAGACUGUUUAUCCCCUGUUUCAAGUGAUUGUUUGAUUGGAUGGAGUUUACUGGUGGUCCAUCUU